AUGUCGAAGAAGAUGAUUGUGUUGAAAAGCUCCGAUGGAGAAUCGUUUGAAAUCGAAGAAGCGGUGGCACUCCAAUCGGAGACAAUAGCUCAUAUGGUUGGGGAGGAGGGCGCAGAUAACAUAAUCCCGCUUGCAGACGUCAAAAGCCAGGUCCUCACGAAAGUGAUGGAGUACUGCAAGAAGCACGAUGGAGGUGACGACUCGUCCUCGGAGGAUCUCAGGAAGUGGGAGACGGAGUUCCUGAAGAAAAUCGAUCGAGCCAUGCUCAUUGAUCUCGUUAGUGCCGCGUGUCAACUAAAAAUCGAAAGCCUCAGUGAUAUCACUUGCCAGGCUGCCGCUGAUGUGUUGGAAACCGUAAGUGUAGAGGAGGCUCGAAGAUUGCUUGGCGUAGAGAACGAUUUUACACCAGAGGAAGAAGAAGCCAUCCGCAAGGAGAAUCAAUGGGCCUUUCAGUGA